AUGUAUGACAAAAAAGAAAAACAAAUCAGUAUUUUUGAAUUAUUUCAAUUUCAAAAUGAAUUAGAAUUUUAUAAGCAAAGUCAUACUAUUGCUACAACUCUCCUUAAUAUACAAGUUCAAGAAGAUCAAACAUCAUCACAAUAUCAUAUACAUAUUUUAUUUAUUGCUUAUGCUUCUGCAUUCGAAAUAUGUACACGUAAAUUAUAUAGUAGAAAAUUUCAACCAGAUAGAUUAUUACAUGUUAUUCGAAGUGUUGAUUUUUUAAUAGUAAAUAUUUCAAGUUUGUAUAAAGAAAAAUUUAGAUGGCUGAUUACUGUUGAAAAAAAACGAAUAAUGAUUGCGAUAAAUGGAUAUUUCGACGAAGUUCGUUUUAUGGAUAAUGAUGAUGAUGAAUUUUAA